CUAUAUUGCUGGAUAGUGUAUCCGUGUAUGGGCUUCAGUUUGACUUUGAUACAGUGAAAAAGAUUAUGUAAACCAUGAUACCAAAUAAGGCCCCCGCGGAAAGGAGCUGAUAUGUAAAAAUUGCGCAAAUCAAACGCUUCAUUUGAAUUUUCUUCGCGAUGCUUCGGGACCAAGUCGUCCUCCUCCUCCUCACAGCCGCCUUGCUCGGCCCGACCCAGAUCCGACCAGUGAGCUCGCACGAGGAGGUUGGUGAAUGGCACUGCGAUUCGGACUCGGAGAUCCGAGUCCAGGCCGACUUCCGACCCGGGAUCAUCACUGUCGACGGGAAGGUGGACGACUGGGAUGGCGUCGACGGAUCUGAUUUCUCGCUGCUGCCCGCCCUAGACCCAGACGCCGACAAGGAGUACGAUGCCGGAAAAAUGACACUGAAGGCAGUGCACGAUGGGAAGGAAGCGUACUUCAUGUUGCAAGUUAAUGGAAACUAUGCUUAUACUCAAGGAGACAGUAGCAAAUGUGCAUCUGUUGCUCUAAUGUUUCAAAUUGGUGAAAGUGCAACAUACCACAGAAUGGGUGGCUGUGAAGAAGGGCCAGACUCUUGCACGAACAAGACUUGCAAGGGGCAUGAAGUUGACAUUAUGCACUUCUCGAUAGGCAACGCCAUUCCUGGACGGCUCUAUGGUGGAAAUUUAGUUGACAACAGAGAAGGAUAUGGAGGUGACAGGUUUGGCCAUUUGGUAGACGUGUAUUCGUGGAAUCCACAUUGCAGAUACCUUGAUGGCAUUAGCCCUUCAGGAAACGACACCAGUGCACAAAAUGACUGGCAAGGAUCAUGGUGGCACAGCAGCCUAACUGACCACACUGGUUUCUUAGAGGUUGACAGUCCGUACUCAACAGAAGGUCAAAAGGGAACAUACUAUUUUGAAUUUUCAAGGCCUCUGAGAACCAUGGAUCGUUUGCAACAGGAUGCUCAGUACACAAUCGGUAAAUCAAACAAGUUUUCGGCUGCAUUCUGGUACCCCAUGGAUGGCAAACCAUGGCAUGGUUCUGCACAUUAUUCGAUCAGCUGUGAUUGGAUUCCUCUUGAUUUCAUACCGGGCCAAUCGGAGCCCACCAAGGUAGCAGCCCAACAGAGCUCAUGGGAUGCUGCAAGUGCCCUUUCCCUUUUCUUUUCUGUAGUGGCUUUGUGUAUGUCCGUUUUUAUCGGUCAUCGGAUGUCAAAGACCAGCAGAACAGCAAACUUCAUACCGAUGGAAAAUCUUUAGGCGCUGUUUGGUUAUUUGCACUUUCACACAAUCACACGAGCAUGUGCUUCGAACAUAGACAUUCUUUUUCCUUUUUCCUUUUUCCUUUUCUGUAGGCUUUGUCUCUUUAGCAUAGGUAUUGUUUCUUGAUUGAUAUCAAAGUUUGUUUUGUAGUGACGUUUGUGGUCGUGAUUGUUUAAUGAUCAUUGUUUUGGAAAUGUACUAACUUACCUUCUUUUUUCUCUUGGUCAAUGGGGUGCGAUUUCUGGACAAUGCAAAAUCUUUAAUUUUGUAUAUAUUUCUUCUACUGUAGUGAUAGUGAAUCGCUUGCUCAUCAAUGUCGAG